GUUUGUGCUGUCUACAAACGCAAAGUCGGACGAUUGUUAGAAUACUGGUGUAAAUCAACUUACGACAAGCCAAAAAUGAAGCUGCCGAUAGUGUUCGGGCUCAUCCUGAUCUGUUGCAAUGCAAGGGCAAUGAAAAUAAACGCAGAGCCGUUUGGAAAUCCUUUGAUACAAGAUUUUCUCGAGAAGUUAAAAAAUACUAUGAAGACAGGAAGCACGAAACUUGGAUUGCCGAUUCUUGAUCCAUUCAAAGCGGACCAGCUUGCGAUUAAUGUUAAUGAAGACGUAAUAAAAUUGAAUGCGAAUUUGAGUAAAGUCAAUGCAAACGGUUUAUCUGGAUAUGAUAUCAUCAAUGCGGAUUUGAACAUGUCUGGAGACAUUGUCAUUGUAAUUCAUCUUUCGUGGCCAUUGAUCACCGCGAAUACUAAUUAUGACAUGAAAGGCAAAAUCGACAAUUUCGAAAUUUUCGGUAAUGGUGACAUAAAACUGUCCGCGCAAAAUUUCGUUUUCAACACGGUAGUUACUUUCUUAUGGGACGGUAAUGUGAAUUCAUACUUGAAAGUGAAGGACAUAAAAUUGUUGCUUUCUUUACAGAAGCUAGAUUUUAAAGCGACGGGCCUCUUUAACGACGAAGAAACAUCUGCAAUAUUGAGUGCCAUGGUUUCCGAUAUGGCACCUGAGUUCAUAAGCAAUGAAAUGAUUACAAGCAAGAUUGUUGAACUUGUCACAAAGAAGCUCGACGAUUUUCUGUCCACUAAGACGCUCUUAGAAAUAUUGAAAAUGAUCACGUAAUGUCUUUAAUAUUAAAACUUUUCGUCAAAUUGGCGGUGCCAUUGUUUAAUUAAUCAUUUUGUACAGUUACGAUUCUAAUCGAUAAAACGAUAUGAACAGACUGGCUAUGAAAGAUUUGGAAUAUGAUAAUAGAUCCAUAAGAUGAUCAUGUUCUAAGAGAAAAAGAAUGCAAUUAAUAAUUUAAAAAUCAGCGUGUUUUUCUAAACAAAUUA